AUGCCCCGCGGUCGGAGGAGCAAGCUCCGCGCGCGCGAGAGGCGCCAGCGCCUGCGGGCCGAGGCCCGCGCCCGCGCCCAGGCCGAGGCCGGAGCCCCCGCAGCGGCCGUUGGGGGCCCGCCGCCCGGCCCGGGGCCCGCGCCCGGCUCCGGGCCGGCCGCCAAGGCGCGGGGGCACGUGCAGAGGAGCCGGGGCGCGCGCGCGGCCGAGGGCGCGGGCCAGGAGCUGCUGGCGCAGAAGGCCGCCGUGCUGGUGGAGCACCUGCUGCUGCAGUACAAGCGGAAGGAGCCCAUCCGCCGCGCCGACAUGCUCAGGGUGGUGCACAAGCGCUACCGCAAGGACUUCCCCGAGGUGCUGCGCCGGGCCGCCGAGCGCAUGGACCUCUUCUUCGGCCUGGAGCUGAAGGAGGUCAAGCCCAACGGCAACUCCUACAUCCUGGUCAACACGCAGGGCGACGCGGGCGACGGGCCGAGCGGCUGGAGCUUCCCGAAGAAGGGCGUCCUGAUGCCCCUCCUGAGCGUCAUCUUCCUGAACGGCAACCGCGCCUCCGAGGAGGAGAUCUGGGGGUUCCUGAACACGCUGGGCAUCUACGACGGGAAGAGCGACUUCAUUUUCGGGGAGCCGAGGAAGCUCAUCACCCAGGAUCUGGUGCAGGAGAAGUACCUGCUGUACCAGCAGGUGCCCGGCAGCGACCCGCCACGCUUCGAGUUCCUGUGGGGCCCGAGAGCCCAGGCCGAGACCAGCAAGAUGAAAGUCCUGGAGUUCCUGGCCAAGCUCAACGACACCGUCCCCAGCGCCUUCGCGCCCCAUUAUGAAGAGGCGUUGAAAGAGGAGGAAGAGCGCGCCCAGACCAGAGCCCGAGCUGCGCCCGCGCCUGGCGCCCCUCCCAAGGCCGGUGGGCGCCCCAGGGCCACGCCCGGCCGCCACCCUCGCCCUCUGUGA